CCCGGUGCCGUGUCCUGGGCUGUGCUGGGGGCGAGGGAGCGGCUCCGGGGGAUGCACCGCCUUGCUGCGCCGCCGAUGUGAGGGAAGGGGAGCGCCAGCCCCGGACCAUGGCGGCCCCCGGAGCCCCUGGAGACUAUGACGUGCUGAUUGUGUAUGCAAGUGACGCCAUUGAAUGGUGUCAGUACCUCCAGAAUCUCUUCACUUGGCAAGUUCGAAAGCAUCGGAUUCUGACCUACCAGCUGGAAGACAACUCUGCCAUCUCCCACCAGGAGCUGGACCUGUUCAGCAGAAGUCGGAGUAUCAUCCUUUUGCUUUCUGCUGAGCUGGUGCAGAGUUUUUACAUUCCUCACAUCCUGCAGAGCCUUCAGGAGGCUUUAUGGCCCCCGUGCAAAGUAGUCAAGCUGUUUUGUGGUGUUACGGACUGUGAUGAUUAUUUGACUUUUUUCAAGGACUGGUCUCAGUGGCAAGAACUCACAAAUGAUGAUGAGCCUGAUGCUUACCUUGCAGCUGUUGAGAAGGCUAUUUCAGAAGACUCAGGCUGUGACUCUGUGACUGAUACAGAAACAGAAGACGAGAAGAAUCCAGUUGACUCCCACAGACCUGCCAUGACUGAAGAACCUGGAUCAUCCAAGAGCACUGGGGACUGUCCAGUGGUGCAGCCCAGCCGCAUACAAUGUGGGGUGCAGACAACAGUUUAUAUUAUCAUGAAAUGUAAACUAGAUGGUGAAAUGAAAACUGAAGUUGAAUUUUCUCCAGAGAAUGCAUCCUCUGUGCGUGUGCUGGCUCAGAUGGAGAAUGAAUACACAAUCUCUGUGAAGGCUCCAAAUUUAACCUCUGGGACAGUGCCUCUGCAGGUAUAUUCAGGAGACUUGAUGGUGGGAGAAACAAGUGUAACUUACCAUACUGACAUGGAGGAAAUAAGCAAUCUGUUGGCUAAUGCAGCCAACCCUGUACAGUUCAUGUGCCAGGCCUUUAAAAUUGUGCCAUACAGCAUAGAAGCCCUGGACAAACUAUUGACUGAAUCUCUCAAGAAGAACAUUCCUGCCAGUGGUCUACACCUGUUUGGAAUCAACCAGCUGGAAGAAGAAGAUAUGACAGCAAAUCAGAGGGAUGAGGAGUUGCCAACACUGCUUCACUUCUCGGCAAGAUACGGGCUGAAGAACCUUACUGCCUUGCUGCUUACAUGCCCUGGAGCACUGCAGGCCUACAGCGUAGCCAACAAGUAUGGCCACUAUCCAAACACCAUAGCAGAAAAGCAUGGCUUUAAGGAUCUCCGCCAGUUCAUUGAUGAAUAUGUGGAAACUGCAGAUAUGCUAAAGAGUCACAUUAAGGAAGAGCUGAUGCAAGGCGAGGAGGAUGAGUCUGUAUAUGAGUCCAUGGCUCAUCUGUCCACUGAUCUGUUGAUGAAAUGUUCCUUGAAUCCAGGCUCUGAUGAAGAGCUUUAUGAAUCCAUGGCUGGAUUUGUCCCGGGUGCCCCAGAAGAUCUUUAUGUAGAGAUGCUUCAAUCCAAACCAGACACUUCAUUUGCUGGAGAUGAAGUUUCUAUAACUACAAAAGACUCAAUGCUCCGCAAGUUUUUAGAAGGUGGUAGCAUGGAUGCGCCAGAUUCUGAGGAAGGAGGUCACGAGCAGUAUGGUGAAGAUGUGUACUACUCAGUGGAACAAGACCCUUUUCCACAGGAAAUGGCUAACAGACCUCCAGUUCCUGUUCCAAGACCAGAAUCUAGCUCUCCACAGCCUGACAAUGAGCUGUACAUCUCCAAAAUUUUUGCACAGAAGGCUCAAAGGCCUGAGAAUCUUUAUGUCCCUAGAGGAAGGGUUAAGAAAGAGACAAUAAUCAGGCCUGUAAGAGACCUGUCUCAAUCAAGUAUAUAUGAUCCAUUUGCUGGAAUGAAAACCCCAGGUCAACGGCAGCUGAUAACAUUACAGGAGCAAGUGAAAAUGGGGAUCCUCACUGUGGAUGAAGCUGUACUUCAUUUUAAGGAGUGGCAACUGAACCAGAAAAAGAGAUCAGAAUCCUUCCGGUUCCAGCAGGAAAAUCUGAAACGUCUACGAGACAGCAUAACCAGGAGGCAAAUAGAGAAGCAAAAAAAACACAAAAGUGCAGAUUUGGAAAUUACAGUACCCAUUCGACAUUCUCAUAAUACUUUGGGGAAACCAGAAUGUGGAAUAUAUGAAUACACCCCCAGGAGAAACGUUUUUCCACCAAAAAAGGAGUUAAAACGAGGAGACUGGAAAACAGAAAGCACAUCCAGCACAACAAGUAGUGCAAGUAACCGCUCCAGCACUCGGAGUAUAUUGAGUGUCAGCAGUGGGAUGGAAGGGGACAGUGAGGACAGUGAAGUCCCAGAAACAGCAAGGAGCCGCAGCCCAAUUUCUCACCAAGUAGAGAGGCUUCCUUUCCCAGAAAGGCCUCCCAGAGUGCCUCCUCGAGGUGCAAGCAGGCCUGUAAGCUGUGAAGGCUUUUAUCCUCCACCUGUGCCCCCAAGAGGUCGCUGAAUUUCUCAACAUCUGUGGAAUAUGAGAUAUUUUUUGUUUAUAUAUGUGUUUGUACAGAUAUUUUUUGGGCUGCGUUAAAUUAUUUAUAAGUGGGACCCAAAUAAUUUCAUCCUCCCUGAA